AUGCAUGCAUCGAUAGUUGAGUCAGUUCAUGGUUCGGACGAAAGAGGCUCGGACGGACUUCCUCGCCACGCUUUCUCCAGCCGCAAAUCCGACCGAACUUUACUCCGACCUCAUCUUCGUCCGAACAGAGUGGGUCAGUCCAACCAGCCGUUGAAGCUCUGCAUAGUCAAAGCGCCCCUGAUGAUUCAGAAUCGGCAAAUGAGAAAAGGGACGCGCAGCUGUACUGCAUGUCGUCGCCGGAAAGUUCGCUGCAUCUUUCCGUCCGAAGAAUCUGACGUGUGCUCCAAUUGUGCCAGGCGAGGGUCUAUAUGUGUUCCGCAAGGUGUAUCACUAGAUUUGGGCCCUGGAUUUGAUGAUAGAGCACGUCUACGUCGCCGAGCCAAGUCGCGACACCUAAAUAACCAGUCCGUGCCGCAAGCCACACCCGACGGGGAGACCAUCAGUGGCUCGGACCGGUUCAGUGACGUCCUGGGGGCUCUGAAAAAUCUAGAGAAAAAGGUCCAUGUAUCACUAGGAUUGAGUCGUAACCAUGCUCCAGCCCGAGGUGUCGUUGGGACAUCACGUGAGGUCGACUCAAUACAGAGUGAUCGUGCCCCGAUCAUGAAGCUUUUGAACCAUGAAUUGAUCGGUCGAGUUUCCGAGCCUGAGCAAGAGGCAUCUCAACAAGUACCAAGUCAAGAAUCUAAGCGCAACAAAACCCGCCUCUCCAACCUGCCCACUGAACAUGCUGAAGCGCUCAAAGGCCUACUUGAGGCAUUACCAACAGAGCCAGAGAUGAGCAGAAUAUUCCAGACUAAAAGUGACUGGUGGAACUCCUGGCGCGAAUCCUUCGGGCUAAGCUGGGGCGAUGAAGACGAUUUCAGCCUUGAGGCGUUCGCUAUUCGGACUUUCCAGACCGGUCAUCCCGCUCUAGUCGGAAGCCUCCUACUCUGCUUUGCUCUCAGCACGGGCGAUUUUGCAAGAUACCUUCCUCCAGUAGAACAUUGGAUCCUGAAUAACGAUGAAGUUGCUAGCAGUACAUAUGGCCUGCAGUGCUUGAUAGGCCUAGGACUCUGCUUCAUGAGCUCCUUACAACCUCGUCGUGCCUGGGCUACAUAUCGUAAGGCUAAUACGCUUUUGCAACUUGCAGGAAUCCAUCGGACUCACCGGAAGUCCAAGAGUCUGAAUACAAUUUUCUGGCAGUUGUUUUCGGCCGACCGAUGGGUUAGUCUGCUGAUUGGACUGCCAUAUUCAGUGCCCGAAAAUCUCUGUGAUCUUUAUAUUCCUCCACCAGAUGAGGAGUUGUUCGUCAACUUUCACUACCGACACCUAUCUAUUUUGACUGGCCGGGUCAUUGAUUGUCUGCAGUCUGAGAAAAGCCCUACUUUAUCCAUGGUUACGGGAGUUGAUGAGCAAAUCGACGAAAUUACGGCACAUUUACCAGUCGGAUAUCUGGAUCUGGGGCAGAUUAGACUAUGUCGAGAUGCCAAAGAGAGACAUACUCGGGCCUUCCGCCUGGCUCACGUUCACAGCCUGAAGGCACAACUAUACAUGCCGUUAUUCUUGCAGGGGUCCCAUGACGAUAGGCAAGAGUAUAGUCGGAUGGCUUGUGUGAGGAGCGCAAGGACUCUUCUAGAAGCGUACCUUCUCCUGCAUGAGAGUGACCCUGCUGCGGCACGCUCAGAUAAUAGCAUCAAACAGUCGGCACCGAGUGCGCUGACAGCAGCGGUGAUUGUCUUCCUGAAUAUGCUCGGCUAUGGGAGGAAUACUGCCGCAGAUGCAGUACAAGAGAGAGCUACCAAUAAAAAUCAUGAUGAUGGGUUGAUCAAACGGAUCCUGAUCGCGCUGGACAGCUGGUCGGAGAAUCAACCAGGUUCAUUGUCUGGCCAGUGCCAUGCUACACUCAAAAACCUCGUGGAAAGCAGUCAAGAAUUGCACAAAGGAGAGCGUCGCGAGAUUGUCGUGCCGUACUUUGGCAGGGUGACUGUCGACCGCGGAGAGGGCGCUUCGCAGCCUGCCGAUUCUAGGCUAGAUACUUCACGUGGAGCAGCCCCUAUGUUGGAAUCGAAUGUCGAUAACGUCGCUACUUGGUCUGCCCUGUCCGAUGAUAUUUUCCUUUCGUAUUCCGGUCCAUGGACAGCGCAAGACGAUUAUGCAGGGGGGCUUUUAGACAAUACCGAUGCAGCAGCAGCAGCUUUCGAUUGGAUAACUGGGCCUGAGUACGGCUUUAGCCUAUGCUAA